AUUAUAUAUAUAUAUGGUGAGACCCCAUCACUUUAUCUCUACAAACCUAAGCUCAGAAAUUAAACCAAUCAAUUGAAGAUGGAGCGUAAUUAUGAAGGUGUAGAUAUAGUUAUAGUAGGUGCUGGCUUAGCUGGUCUCACCACAGCUUUAUCCCUUCACAGGUUGGGUUUGAGGAGCUUGGUACUGGAGUCGUCAGAGAGAUUGCGAAUUACCGGAUUUGCCCUUACAUUAUGGACAAAUGGUUGGAGGGCGAUGGAUGCCGUCGGAAUUGGGAACUCUCUCAGACAAAGGUCCACUCAAAUGAAAGGGUUGAAGAUCGCGUCUCCUGAUACGGGUCUUUUUACUUCAGAAACAGCACUUGACAAAGAUGGAAAAUUUGAGGGUUAUGAAAGCCGAUGCGUUAGGAGAAAGGAUUUACUAGAGACACUGGUGAACGAGUUGCCACCAGGCACCAUUAGAUAUUCUUCCAAGGUUGCAACCAUCGAUGAGCUCGGCCGGUUCAAAUUGGUGCACCUAGCCGAUGGGUCCAUUCUUAAAACCAAGGUGCUGAUUGGGUGUGAUGGAGUUAACUCGGUGGUCGCGAAAUGGUUGGGUCUAGGGACACCAGUUAGCGUUGGAAGAUCGGCUAUACGUGGUUUGGUGGAGUUCCCGAAUGGCACCGGAUUCGAUCCUAUGUUCCAUGUUAAAUUUGGAGGCGGCGUACGCUUUGGAUUUCUUCCAAUCGAUGAAAAGACCGUAUACUGGUUUUGCACGUUCACCCCGUCUCAAGUUCCAUCUUACGAAGAAGAUUGGCCAGAGAACCCGAUCAAAAUGAAACAAUUCGUCUUGAGUCAAAUCGACAAGAUGCCUGAAGAAGCACAAAAUGUAGUGGAAAGAACACCGCUAGAUAAACUCUCUUGUGCACAGUUAAAGUUCAGAUUGCCAUGGAAUGUUUUAUUUGGCAACAUAGUAAAGAACAAUGUUUGCGUAGCGGGGGAUGCUCUUCAUCCCAUGACUCCCGACAUAGGUCAAGGCGGAUGUUCGUCUCUAGAAGAUUCCGUGGUGCUUGGAAGGUGCCUCGGGGAGGCGUUUUUGAAGAAAUCGAACGAAGAAGAUGAUGAAUUUGAGAGAAUCGAAAAGGGUUUGGAGAAAUAUAGAAAGGAUAGGAGAUGGAGAAGCUUUAGGCUCAUUAGUGUUGCUUAUUGUGUGGGGUUUAUACAAGAGAGCAAGGGGAAAAUGAUGAGUUUCUUGAGAAAAGUAUGGUUUUCUAGCUACACUGCUAAUGCUUUCCUUAAGAUGGCUAAUUUUGAUUGUGGUGACCUUGUUUUAUGAAUCGGAAAUCGGCAAUCUUUUUCGAGCAUUGUCGCCGAGGACGGUUUGCAUGACGUUUAAUUCGAGUCUUAUUGUUGAACAACAUUAAUAAAAGAUUUGACUUCACAAUUUUGUUUCCUA